CGCUGCGCCCUCAUACUCCCGGCUUGCGCCCUCUUACCGGAAUGCCGAUUUAACCUAAGUCACACUUGGGCUGUGCACUUACAUGCUGCCAUACAACAUACAAUAUUUCUCAAAAUGAUCUUUUCUCCGUGAAAAUAUCCCAGUACCACCACUUGACAAUGUGUCUGUUCCCCAAAUGUGUUUUAAUUACUCCAAAAAUAUUCCGAUCCAAAAGUUUAACAGUGCAAAAACGAUCCGAAUCGGAGUUUCCCCGACCGAGUCGCCAUGUUGUUUUCUGUUAUCGCGAGAUUUGAUGUCUAUGGGUAAUAUGUAAGGUCAGCUGACUUGUUUCUCGAGAUUGAAUGACCUUUCACCCACUAGCGCGGGCGCUUAUGAUUGCGAGUUAUUUUGGUUUAUGCUUGGGCAUUUAAAGAUGUCAUCCCGCGGCACAAAACGGAAGAAAGCUAAAGAAUGUCCGGGGCAGAAGAAGAUGACUUCUUUUUUCGGUCACAAAGCAGAUAAAGAUGUUUCCAAUAGCGAGGUCGCGACAAUCGAGAGAUCGGUCCAUGCCGACAGGUCCGGGUCCACAUUGAAGGACGCGUCAACCGAGCGCUUUGACGGCGGCGCAGAAUCAGCGACGAAUGAAGACCAGGUGUCUUGUUCGGAUGAAAGCACCGAGUGUUCAAUGGAGAAGCAAAAUGAGAAAAGGGCCAAGUUCCUGGAAAAGUUCAAGCCCAAGAAAAAGAACUCAGGACAUCUGGUUGGAUACCAGGAGGCAUGGGAGAAGGGAUACCCCUGGCUUUAUCCUGUCAACAAUAAAACAGGGAUGAUGUGCCGCAUUUGUAAGCGGCACAACCAGCGCCAACAAAAUGGGGAAUAUAUCUGGAGCAAGAUUCCCUGCACCAGCUUGCGGGUUGACAAGGCGCGGAAUCAUGCAAAAUCCAAACAACAUCGAACGGCGCAGGCGACAGAAAACGCCCGCAUUGCCGCAGAGAUGAAUGGAGGCAUUGGCCAAGCCAUGGCAAACACUGUUUCCUUGAAUCAAGAAGCCGUGAAGGCGGCACUGAAGGUGGUCUAUCACCUAGCAAAAAAGGAAAUACCUCACCACACCAAUUUCAAGGACUUGGUGAAGUUUGCGACCACCGAGUUAGGUUGUGAGGUGUUCAACCGGCUGAAUGUUGGUGGAAAUGCCACAUACACCAGCAGCAAAGUUGUAGAUGAAUUCUUGAGUGUCCUUGGCACUCAGUUGGAGGAGGACCAGCUGACCACCAUCAGAGGCAGCCCAUUCCUGGGACUGAUGUGCGACGAAACGGUGGACAUCUCGACAACCAAUGAGCUGGUCCUAUACUGCAGGUGUAUCAAUGGUGAUGGCAAGUUUCAAGCCAACUUUCUGAAGGUUGUGGCGUUAAAAGAUGGAAAGGCCGACACUGUCAAAGCUGCCCUCAGUCACUACAUGGAGGAAAAUGAUCUGUCCAUCCAGAAGGUGGCUGGUUUUGGCUCAGAUGGAGCAGCAUGUAUGAUAGGAAAUCGAAGUGGUGUUGCCACACAGCUUAAGGAGGACAAUGCAAAGAUAGUAAGUAUCCACUGCAUUGCACACAGACUGGCCCUUGCCGUCGGACAAGCUGGUAACAAGGUGAAAUACAUUGGCAACGUCUUCAAGCCGAACCUCAUGAGCCUGUACCUCUACUACAACGGCAGUGCAGUUCGAUCGGAAGGCCUGAAAGAGAUACAGAACAUCCUCCAGGACAUGGAGUUGAAGUUGAACCAAGCAAAGGACGUGAGGUGGCUGUCCCAUGAUGCUGCGACAAAAGCCCUUUAUAGAUCACUGCGUAGCGUUCUGGUACAUCUCCAUCAGGAGACAGGUAAGGGGGUUGCUAUGGCCAAAGCUCUCUGGAGCUGGCUACAUGCGUACAAGACCAUAGCAACCCUCUACCUGCUGUGUGAUGUUCUUCCUCAUCUGUCAGCCCUCAGCAAGUGUUUCCAGCAAAAAAAGCUUGACCUGACAGAAAUCCACAAGGCAGUGGAGACAAAAAAGCAAGUGAUGCAGCUGGCCAGGGAUCAGCCACUUGAAGGUGGACGGCUGGCCGACCUGGAUGUGGACCUGGGCCCAGGGGGACGGCUGGAUGGUCUAGACAUCCUAGUCUCUGACCGGCAGCGGGAGGAAUUUGCACAUGUUCGAAGUGCUUUCAUCGACAAUCUUGUAGAGAACCUGGAGGAGCGGUUCCCCCAAAUGGAACUCCUGGCAGCAUUUGGUGUGCUGGACCCUGGCUGCCUACCAGACUCCAUGACUGGAGAGUACGGAUGGGCGGAGAUGGACAAGCUGUCCACCUUCUACUCAGAUGGCCAUUCCCCCAUUGACAGGGAAGAACUUCGGGAUGAAUGGAUUGCCUUCAGACAGCACCUGGGCAGUUACCGUCAGAAGUCACCAAAGGACAUGUGCCAGGUGCUAUCUGCCAACCCAACACUAGCCUGCCAAUAUCCAAACAUAGCCUCCCUCUAUGUCAGAAUGGUGGUUAUCCCUGUGCAUACAGCUGACUGUGAGAGGGCCUUCUCCACUCUCAAAAGGGUAAAAACAAGGCUGAGGUCCACACUGACAAACACCAACCUUAACCAUCUCCUCCGGAUCAGGAUUGAGGGGCCUGCCAUCGACAGCUUUGACUUUGACAAGGCAUUGAUGCGUUGGGGCAGCCUAAGGAACAGGCGACUGUUGUUGUAACGGUCUUUGUUUUACUGGUAGCAGUGACAGUCUCUGUAAUUGUUAAUGUCAUAGUGGUAUAACCCUGGUUAGUGUGCGAUUGCAAGUACUGUAACACAUCAUGCACAAGUAUGCAAGUACAAUCCAAGACUUAAGUAAAUAAAAGUUUGGCCAAUAUUUUUAAAU